AUCCAUCUCUCAGCAGGGAGACCUGCUUUUAUCUCCCGCCACCAGCCGCUCUGCCCCUGCCCGCGCAGUAGGCAGCGCUGGUUGCGGCCAGGCUCUCCCCUCCAGCUGGCCUGCUGCAGCGCGGGGCUCAGGCUGCACAGGAUGGAGGCCCCCUCCUGCGCUGAGGGGAGCCGCGCGCCACGCAGGGGCCAGAGGCGGCAGCCGGGGAGAGCAGUGGGAAGCGGAGCAGGCAUGAGCGGCGGUGGCGAGGACAGCAGCAGCGACGAGACCAUCGUGGAGGCUUCCGUGCCGGAAAGCGAUGUGGACGACGAGGAAUUCCUCUGGAGGCCGAGGUUGCCUUUUCUUAGUGAGGAUUUGCAUUUAAGAGCAGAAACAAGAAUUCAUAAAGGAAUUGCUUCUCCAGAAAUCUGUUUUAUACCGAAGUUUUGUGAUCACACAUAUAGUCAGAAGCAACAACACAUAAAUCCAAUAUUUCAAGAGGCAUACACAUCUGACCAGUCUCAGUCUCUCCUGCAGGGUUGGAUAAAGUGUCCAUCACUUACUGAAAAUAUUUCUAAGUCUGAUUUUUCACUGAAUGCUGCAGUAGAGGGACAUCAAAAUAAUUCUGCGGAUAUUGAAUUGAAUGGAUUUCAGAAAGAUUCAGAAGAAAAGAUUUCACAGAAAUUCAAUGAAGAUCUCUCUCCAGAAGUAAAUGUUUGUCUAGAUGUCCUGGAGGAUAUGAUGAUGCUUCCAAAUGAACAGACAUCACAACAUACAUUUCCAUAUGUUUUAGAAGAUUGCCAGGGAACCUGCAUGACCGUUUCUGACAUGGAUAACACAGUAAAAGAACAUUCCCAUGAUGAUGAUACACAUCUUUCACUGACAACCGUAGGGAAGAUUUUCAUGGAAGCAUUCACUGAACUGAAUAUAGGCACUAGUGAUCUUGAAAUUACUGAUUUGUUGGGAUCCCUCAGUGAUUCUGAGAAUCUUAAAAUGAUAAACCCAUUGUCUGAUGAUUUAGGUCAUUUCUGUUCCAUUGAUUCAUUAGCAGAUGAGAGUAGUGAUGCACUGCCAGUAGAGCUUGUGACAGCUCUGAAUGCCAUGUCAGGAUCUCCUAUAGUGCCAAAUGAGAUACCGCUUAACACAGAGGAAGAGCCGUUAGAUUCAGAACCUACUGUUCUCCAAUUAGGUGAUGAUUGUACACAAGUAACAAACAGGACUGAGCCUCAACUUGCUAAAAUACAGAUGGAAGAAAUAAAAGCCUUAAGAGGAUCUGACUUGCAGAGGACAACAAAUGAGCAACCUGUGGGUGAUCAGCAAAGAGAGAAAGAAGUAACUUCAAAUUACUGGGGUGCCACCUCUAGUGAAAAGCAAACUGUUCAGGGAAGUGCACAUUCAGCGAAUGCUGCCACAUGUGCAGAAGCAGCCCAAACCACAUCAAGGAAAGCAAUGCAUGAAAUUCAUGAAUCUGCUUCUGAAGAUAAGCAGGAUCUAGAAACAAACAUAUGCCAAGAAAUAACUCCAAAUGAGGAUAGUGAAGUUAAGCAGAGAAGAAGGAGCAAGAGAAUCAAAAACAAACUGAGACAAGAAGCCUUUGGUAGGAAUUCUGUAAAUCCAGUUUGCCCCAUUUCACUUUCAGUCAUCCAUAGGAGGAAUCUCUAUGGUGAAACCUUACUGCAUAGGGCUGUUAUUCAUCAAGAUGUAGACCUUGUACAUAACAUAAUAAAAGCUGGUGGAAAUGUAAACAUUCGUGAUUAUGCUGGCUGGACUGCACUACAUACAGCAAGUGUGGAAGGCUCUUACAGGAUUGCAAAUGAGCUUUUGAAAGCAGGAGCUGAUGUUGAUGCUAGAGGAUAUGAACAAGUAACACCAUUGCAAGAUGCAGCUAAGGAGGGUCAUUAUAAGAUGGCAGAGUUAUUACUUUUUUAUGGAGCUGAUCCCUUAUUAAAAAAUGAGAUGGGAAGAUGUGCAUUGGAAGAAGCUUCUGACCCAGCUAUGAGGAAACUGCUUAAAAGCCAUGUAGCAAAAUACAGAGUAAAUUCAGUAGCAGGUGGAGAUGAUCCAAAGAAUGUGUUAAAUGCUGGAAGUGUAGAGGAUACAAACCUGCAUCAGAUUUCCUUACAGACAGAUGAGUCAGAACCAGCAUGUGCAAACCCUCAGGAGACAAACAAAAAAGCAGCCUCAUAUUCCAGUAGCAGCAAAACAAACCUUUCAUCUAAGGAAUCACAAUUCAGUCAAGCAGGAGAACAGCAGACAUCCAAUAAAUCAGAAUCCUCCCUAUCUACCCGAAAAUAAGCUAUAAUUUUACAUUAUGAAAUUAUAGGAGCUGGGAGAAAGUUAACGAAGAGAACUGCAAAAGGGGAAACUCAGCUGCAUGUUGCUGCUAGGAGAGGAAAUAUGUCUUUGGUCAAAACGCUAAUAUCAUCUGGAAUGUGUGUCAAUGAACAGGACUCUGCAGGUUGGACAGCAAUUCAUGAAGCUUCCAAUAGGGGAUUUACUGAAGUGAUUUUAGAAUUACUGAAAGCUGGUGCUAAUGUUAACAGCAGAAGUCUGGAUGGUAUUUUGCCAAUACAUUAUGCUGUUUCUGGAAAUUAUUUGGAGGCCGUCAGGGUUCUUCUACAGCAUGGAGCAAAUCCCUGGGAGAGAAGUAAUUCAGGGAGAAGUGCUUUGGAUGAAGCUCAUGAUAAUGAAAUGAGUGAACUGCUGAGGUCUUACUGUGUUAUGGACUCACUACCUCCUGUUGACACUAUUGAAGUUACAGGUAUAAGUUCAAAAUAUCCUUGUUACAGCAAUUGUGAAAAUGCUAAUGCAGAUUUGGAGCCACAAUGUGAGAAACACAGUUUGGAGCCUGUUGCUGCCAUACAAGAUGCAGAAAAGAGACAAAAAGAACUUUUGCUGCUUGAAUUGAGAACUUCCAAAGAUGCAGAUACAUAUAUCCAAAGGCUGUCUCAGGUGCAAGAUACUUUGAAUGAAAUGCUUGCAAAACAGAAAGUGGAAAGGGAUACCCUUGCUAAAAAAUACAGGGCUUCCGUAGAAUCUUUUAAAAAAGGAGCACUGAGGAAGCAAUUAGUUAACCUUGCUUCUAGGCAAAAGAGUCUGUUGACUGUUGCCCAAAAUCAGGAAAAAUUAGUCCAGAAAAUACAGAAUUACAGAAAAACAAAGCAAGUGUUCAGUGCACCACGUUCAGAGAAGCAGAUCUCAAACUCAAUUAUUUCCCGUGGAGAUGAUGAAAGACAAAGUUUAACUGCUGAUAAAAUCAUGUGUCCUGAUGUAGUUACAUUUAGCAUGGGGCUUGGUGCCAGCACGCCUAAUGGAAACAGAGUAGAAGCACAUCUCCCUUUAGAAAAUAGAUUUCUAGCUCAGGACUGCAGCCAACAUCCACACAUCUGCUUGAAUGAGACAGGAGCAAAUAAAGAAGCAAUUAGAAGCAAAGAGGCUUUUGAUCAUGCUUUGGCAUCUGAAAUCAGAGUAAGAGAAUAUUCCUUCGAAAACAAGUCAAAACCGACAAAUGCUGUGGAAGUGGUGACACUGCCUUCAGAACGUACUGUUUCCACUGCUAAAUCAAAGUACUCACAGCAAACAGACAUUGAUUGUGUAGCAAUUGCAGAACAAGGAAACAAGUCUUUAAAUCCCACUUCUGUGACAAAUGUAUUAAAUACUGUAGAACCCCGAAGCACUGUUGUCAAUAACAAUGUCUGUCAGCCAGGCAGUAACUGCCAGCAGGUUCUUACAGUUGAGGAUCUACAGAGAUGCAUAAACGAGAAAGAAGCUUUCCAGCACGAGCAGCAGCAACAGCAAAUAAUUUUGUCAAAAUCUACAAAGAACUUCCCUAAUACUUUGCAACAGAUGAUCUUCCGGAGUGCUGAGAACUCGUUUAAUGCCAACUUGGUACUUUCAAAUCAUACCUCAGGUACAGAUUAUCCAGUAAAUCACAGUGAGAAAGCUUCCCAGAGCUAUAGUAAGCAAGAAUGUGCACAAAUCCGAGUGAGGUGUGGACGAAAAAAUAAGAAAAAGCUUCAGUUGAUAGAUCUACUUGAAUUGGGAAAGAUUAAGCCAGGAGAAAAUGUUUUAGAGUUCAAACUGCAGGAAUUUAGUCAUAAAGCUGCGCUCUUAAACAAUGGCAAGAUCAGAACCAGUAAGGGACAAGUAAUGCAGAAUCCAGUUCAUUGGGUUAAAAACCUACUAGGAAAUGAUAUUUAUGUGACAUGGAAGUAUGCAUGGAAUAAGGUUACAUAUCUUGGGACACAGUUGUCAAAAUUUCUUGCUGAAGGAGUAUCAGUUUCUGAAGACCCAGAAUUACCAUCACAAGGAGGAAUGCUUUUGGGCUCUUCUGUCCAGUUCAACUCAGUGGAAAGUCUGGCACAUUUUCUUCAAUUCCAUGACAUAGUAAUGAUACCCAAAGAGGAAUUUCUACCAUGCAAUGCAAUGGAAAAGUACUGGAAUUUCUACAAAGGAUGUAAAGAUUUUGGAUUCUGAAGACUUCCUCAGUGCUAACAUUUUUUUUCUUCACUGCCAGUUGAAAGUAAACAUUUGAGGUUUUAAAACUAAGUGCUUUGUUAUUGUCAUGUUGAUAGAUAAUUUGACCAGCGCUUGUAAUUAACUGAAAGAUUGUUUGGGUAAAUGAGGAACAAGGGAAUACUUUAUAGCAGGUGAGGAUAACUGUUAAUGUUGAAUUUUGUCCUGUAAGAUUAAGAAAUGGGGAAGUAGAUGAGGACUGUUACGUAGUUGUGAUCAUUGUGAAUUAUAUUACAACUUGAUAUCUCUGUAUGAAACUCCACUUAUUUCAGGGGCUGCCCAUGCUUGAUGGGGCUGCAUAGAACCAGAUGGGUGUCAGUACUGAUAGUCACUUCCUACACCUAAACUUGGAACUCCUCUGCUUGAGUAUGUGCUGUCAGAAACGUCUGCACAUGCUUAUGUAAUAGCAUAAGCUGUUAGGCUAUGUGAAGAAUCAAGAUGGACAGCUUUGAAAAUCACCAGCAGCUUUGCUUUAUGUGGUGUGGAUGCAUACAAAUGUUUGAGAAGGGGUGGGUGCUGAGAGAGGUUAAAAGAGGAGUCCUAGCCAUUAGAAGUGCUCAGGGAAAUUCCAUUCACAUUCCAGCCAAGUCUUUCUGAUAGAAAUGUGCUGACAUAUGGCAGGAAAUACAGUCAACCUGUUUGCGAAAUACAGUUCUUUCCAUCUAACAAUAUCUUAGCUACUCACCCAGAUCUCUGGAGGAUUUCUAGUUGCUUGAAUUUUAUAAUGUGUGACUCUGCCUCAGUAGUGUAUUUACAAUACAUCUGACAGUCAUGAGAGAUAUCUGCAUUCAGGUGGCAUUCUUGCUCUUUCAUUCUCUGAAUUAUAAGAA